GUGAAUCUUAGUCCACCACUUGGAUUGUGUGGAUCAAUGCAAGAACAAUUUCAGGAGCUAGGACUCAGUAUUGAUUGGCCAUGGACAUUCCUUUUUCUUCUUGCUGCAAAGAUAAUCCUAACCUUCAGAAAAAUGGACUCAAAAAGGCAAACCAUUGGCCAUUCCAGGGCUUCUAUCUGCCUAUAGGCAAGGAUGGACUGUGAGAACUCUCACUUUGAUCAUGGCCUAUUCGCGGUGAGACCCAUGUCUUGAAUGGUUCCCAUCAUCGGCAAAUAUGCAUACAAGGCCCACCUCGCAUUCUAAAUCCACUUUAAUAUAUAGUCUGUGGACUACCUGACCUGCCCUUCAAUUGGGCACAAAGGAAUAUUCAUCACCAUUCAUUUAGAAAAUAUCCCAUUGGUUGUGGCCCACUAGUUGUGGUGUAUUUUUCACUAUAUAAAGGAGCUUAGUGCUUCAACACAAUUAGAUAUCUCCCUCCUUUUCUACGAGUCCUUAGACAGUAGCAUUUUUAUUUUUUUUUCUCUCCAUGGCCUUCUCUCGUGGAGUUUUUUCAUCUCCCCAUUCGCCCAUUGCUCCCAUCACUCAACCCUCCCAUGAGCUUAGAGCAAAGAAACUCAUGAUAUGGAAUGUCUCUGCCAGUCACCAUCCGAUCAUCACCCAAGACCACGACCUGGACAACUUUCAUGUCAAACGGACGGAGAAACUCGAGGAAGUCCGCCGUGUGCUCCAUUGCCUAUAUGACCCAUUAGAAUGUAUGAUGAUGAUCGACAGCUUGCAAUGCCUCAGCAUUGAUUACCACUUCCAGGAAGAAAUUGAAGAAAUUCUAAGUCACCGGUAUAAGAACCUUGGUGAUCAAGCUAGUAAUGGUCGUGCCAACAAAGGAUUGUACAACACUACACUUAGCUUCCGCUUGUUGCGACAACAUGGGUACUAUGUAUCACCAGACAUAUUUGAUGACUUUAGAGAUCGCCAAGGGAGAUUUAAGCCACAUUUAAACAAAGAUGUAAGGGGAAUGUUGGGUUUAUAUGAAGCUUCACGCCUUGGAAUAGUAGGAGAGGAGAUACUCGAUGAAGCCUGUGAUUUCACUAGAAAACAACUCAAGGCUUCAAUGACCUCCAUGGAACCGGGCCUCGCAGUGCUGGCGGGCCACGCCUUAGAGCAUCCCAUCCACAUGAGCUUGCCUAGGUUCAACACCAAAAACUACCUCAAUAAUCAACUUGGAUCAAAUGGGUCCACCGGAUUCCUACAUGAACUCGCGAAGUUGGAUUUCAAUUCCGUCCAAUCAUUGCACCAAAGGGAGCUUAGAGAGUUUUCUAAGUGGUGGAGAGACCUGGGCCUGGCACAAGAGCUAAGUUUUGCGAGGGACCAACCCAUGAAAUGGUACAUGUGGCCUUUGGCAAUCCUCUCAAAUCCUCAUUUCUCGGAGUAUAGGAUCGAACUCACAAAACCCAUCUCACUCAUUUACAUAAUCGACGACAUUUUCGAUGUUUAUGGGACACUUGAUGAGCUUGCCUUCUUCACUGAAGCAGUCGUUAGGUGGGAAUUAUCAGCCAUCGAUCGGCUUCCAAGGUACAUGCAGAUAUGCUUCAUGGCGCUCUACAACACCACCAAUGAGAUCAGUUUUCUGGUACUCAAGAAACAUGGUUGGAAUCCCAUACAUUCAUUGAAAAAAACGUGGGCAGACUUGUGCAAGGCAUUCCUGGUGGAAGCAAAAUGGUUCGCCUCAGGACAGAUGCCGAAGGCCGACGAGUACUUAAGAAAUGGGGUGAUUAGCACGGGAGUACAUAUUGUGCUGGUCCACGCAUUUUUUCUUUUGGGCCAUGGAAUCACAAGGGAGAGUAUAGAACGUUUGGACAGUAUUCCAGGGCUCAUCUCCUGUCCAGCAACAAUCCUACGGCUUUGGGACGAUUUGGGAAGUGCCAAGGAUGAGAACCAAGAAGGAAAAGAUGGCUCAUAUGUGGAAUGCUACAUGAAAGAGCAUGGUAUCACAUCUCCAACCAUUGUAGGAGAACAUGUCAUGCAAAUGAUUUCCAUGGAAUGGAAGAAGCUCAACAAGGAAUUGCUCUCCUCAAACCUAUUUUCUCCAUCUUUCAAGGAAGCCUCACUCAACACUGCACGAAUGGUGCAAAUCAUGUACAGCUAUGACCAAAAUCAACGGCUACCAGCUCUUGAAGGACAUAUCAAUUCAUUGCUUAAAGAAAAAUGCCCUCUGUAAGAAAACCCAUGAAAUAAAAUAAAAUAAAAUAAAGAAUCUCAUGACACUGGGUCUUCAUGAUCAUCUACAUGUAUGCAUGUGAGUGAAAACGUGUAUCUGCGCCAGGUUGUAAUUAAAUUACUGAAAUAAAAAAAGGUACGAACUUUGUUCGUACGUCCCAAUGACAGAAUGGUCUAAUUUCAUCAA